AUGGAAAGAACUACCAAUUUCCCUUCACUUACCUUCGUUUUCCUCCUCCUCCUCCUCCUCCUCGUCCUUGAAUGCUCAGCCACACCGAUCCCAAAAAUCCGAGCUCGACCACAGCCGUGCAAACGACUGGUGUUUUACUUCCAUGACAUUCUUUACAACGGCCACAACUCCAAGAAUGCAACUGCAGCCAUUGUAGGGUCACCAGCGUGGGGAAAUAGAACGAUUUUAAGUGGCCAAAACCAUUUUGGCAACAUGGUGGUGUUUGAUGAUCCCAUUACACUAGAUAAUAAUCUCCAUUCAACCCCAGUUGGCCGAGCACAAGGAUUCUAUCUUUAUGACAAAAAGGAUAUAUUCACUGCAUGGCUAGGGUUUUCAUUUGUUUUCAAUUCUACUGAGCACAAGGGUAGUAUAAAUUUCGCCGGGGCUGAUCCGUUGAUGAACAAGACAAGGGACAUUUCUGUCAUUGGUGGAACUGGCGAUUUUUUCAUGUCUAGAGGAAUUGCGACUUUGAGCACAGAUUCUUUUGAAGGGGAGGUUUAUUUCAGACUUCGUGUUGAUAUCAAGUUAUACGAGUGCUGGUAA